AUGGCCAUUCCAACGACGCUGCCGGCCAGUUGGUAUUGUAGCCCAGGGUUGCACCAGCUGGAACGGCGGGCUGUGUUUUUGCGCUCCUGGUAUUUCCUCGGCACCAUCAACAAAUUCCAGAUUGGCGAGAGCGCUCGCUUCGAGAUCGCCCAGAUCGAGCUAACCGCUGUGACCACGGCGGAUGGCACCGCCAAGGCCGUCAAGGUGUUUGAUGAAUCAAGAGGCGAAGAAGUGCGAAGCCACCAAACUCGCACGGGUCUAGUGUUCACGACGAUUUCAUCCGACGCACCGUCGUUCGACGAGUUCUUCCCGGGUCUCCAGGACCUGCUGGACUCGUACGACUUUACGCGUCUGCCGCACCGACGGCCCCUGACAUACGAUGGCAACUUCAACUGGAAGACCAUGAUGGACGGGUUCCAGGAAUGUCUGCACUGCCAGUUCACGCACCCGGGCCUGUCAAAGCUGUAUCCGCCGACGUUCUAUCGCGUUGUGAACCAUCACAACUGGUCGCGUCAUUUCUCUAACCCCGAUCGCGAUGACGAUGGACUGUUCUUGUACUUCUUCCCGAUCAGUACCUUGAAUUUGUAUAACGGCGGGAUGUCCACGUUCCGGGCGUGUCCGUCUGCGAAACCGGGCGUGUCGCGCAUGGAGUUCGACUAUUAUAACUUGCAGUCUGGCGAGGAGUUUGAAGAGUACUAUAAAUUCGUGCGCCAGGUCGCGAACGAGGAUUUCGACCUGUGUGAGCGCGCGCAGGCGAAUCUCGAGAAGGGCGUAUACACGGAAGGAUGCCUCAACCCGGACAAGGAGACCGGGGUUGUCUUCUAUCAGGAUCGAGUCUUCGAGAUGGUCAUGGCUCAGCAUACGAGGGAGAAGGAACAGCGGAGCCAAUAUACUUAG